CUGCAUCAGAGAAGCUUCCAGUUAUGUACCUUAUGGAUUCCAUUGUCAAGAAUGUCGGAAGAGAGUAUCUUACUGCAUUUACUAAAAACCUAGUUGCAACAUUUAUUUGUGUAUUUGAAAAGGUGGAUGAGAAUACUAGGAAAAGUUUAUUUAAAUUACGCUCCACAUGGGAUGAUAUUUUUCCUUUGAAGAAACUAUAUGCACUUGAUGUCAGAGUCAACUCAUUAGAUCCUGCUUGGCCAAUUAAACCUCUGCCCCCAAAUGUGAAUACUUCUAGCAUCCAUGUGAAUCCUAAGUUUUUAAAUAAAUCGCCAGAGGAAUCUGCUGCACCUACCUCUGCUGUCACUUCUGGUGCCUCUACUCCUCCUGCUGUUCCUGAAAUACAAAAGAAUUUGACACAGGAGCAGCUAAUAAGGCAGCAAUUGCUUGCAAAGCAAAAGCAGUUGUUGGAACUUCAACAAAAGAAAUUAGAGCUGGAGCUGGAACAGACGAAAGCACAGUUGGCUGUAUCUCUUAGCGUUCAGCAAGGAUCAUCGUCUGUAGCUUCAGUUCCAGCACCUUCUAAGCAACACAUGUCUUCCACACCUCACAUGACAGUGAAAGCACCUCAUCAGACUGCUGUGCAAUCUGAAAAAAACAAGCCAUCCCCAAGUCCUCCACUUCAUGAUGUCAAAAUAGCAAACAGGGACCCUCGGCUUAAUAGGAUGAGUCAACAUUCGUCUCAUGGUAAAGAUCAGUCUCAUAGGAAAGAGUUUCCACCGAGCACAACCAGUCAGUCUGAUACCAAGACAAGCAAAACAACCCAGUCUGAAAAACAGAACUCAACAAAGCAAGAGAAAUCGAAAGCAAGUGAAAAAACACAGAAGAAAGAACUUGACCAGUCAGAAGCAAAAUCUAAAUCACCAUCCCCUUUGAAAAAUAAGCAGCCCAGUACUAAAGAUACUAAAAGCCAGGAAAGUGAAAGCACAAAAAUCCCUGAUAUUAGUAAGCGGGAUCCAAGACUGAAAAGACAUCUUCAAGAUAAAGAGGGCAAAGAGGAGGAGGUGAAGGAAAAGAGGAGGAAUACAGAGAAGAAAGAAAAAGAGGAACAUAAGACAGGUGAACACAGACCAGCAGGCAGCAGAAAUAAAGUCAUCAAUGGUGCUGUUCAGAAACAAGACACAAGUACAGAGGAGGCAGAGAAACAGGGUGGGAAACAAGGGAGAUCAAGUAAUAGGAAACGAUCACGAUCGCGCUCUCCUAAGGCACGGUCGCCAUCUACACAUUCCCCAAAAAGACGGGAGAGGAGGUCACCCAAAAGAAGACUCCGGAGUUUAUCUCCCACUUCAUCAACUCCAAAAAUUGGAAAGAUCCGUCAGAUAGGCCCUAAGCAGUCUCACACUGAAGAAAGCACGCAAGCAGCAAGAGAGGAAAGAAACUCCACUAAGAGGAAUGCUAAACAAGAGGUGCGAGAUCCGAGGAGAGUGAAAAAAGCCCAAGAAGACAGGCCCCAAGAAACAGCAAGCCAGCAUUCUACUAAAGCUUCUCCUGAUCCAAAGGAGAAUGCAGAGAACUGGCAAGGAUCCAAAUCAGGCAAGAGGUGGAAAUCUGGUUGGGAAGAAAAUAAAAACACACAGCAGAGUGAAGAGCACCAAGCACUUGGUAAAUCCCCUCACCAAAGACACCGGGAAAACUGGCCUGCUGGCAAAGGAAUUCUGUCACCCCGAGCACCAAAGCAGCAGCACCGGUUAAGUGUGGAUGCCAAUUUACAGAUCCCCAAAGAAUUGACAUCUGCAAGCAAGAGAGAAUUACUUAAGAAGGCCAAUGAACGCUUGACAUCAGGUGAAAUAACACAGGAUGAGUUCCUCAUGGUGGCUCAUCAGAUCCGACAGCUGUUCCAGUAUCAGGAAGGAAAGCACAGAUGUAAUGUCUGGGAUAGCCCUACAGAGGAAAAAUGUGGUUUGAAGAAGAAACCUCUUCUGUCAGAUGCAGAGUUAACAUAUUACGAACAUAAAGCUAAACUAAAAAGAACACAAGUUCAGCAUUCGUUGUCCAGGCUUGAUCUGUUGGAUCCUGAUGAUAUUCUGGAUUAUCAUAUACCUGAUGCAUUGCUUUCUGGAAUAGAGUGUGAGCAAGCAAAAGCCAAGCGUGGAGUACAGUUUGAUAGGAAAGAGCCAUUUGGGGAGAGAGCGAGGAGACACUCUCCUGUAAGUGGCACUAACAGACCUUUUGCUGAUAACCUCUCACCGCUUGAGGGUCGACGAAGACUUGAGGAACAAAAUGCUACCAAGGGAGCAAGAGGUUCCAAGAACUUUGAUCCUUACGACAGCUGGGGAGAAUCAGAGGAAUUCAGAGAUGCUCUGAGGCAACAGGGGAAAAGCACAUCCACAGAGUUCCAGAAAAUAGAUGGUGAUGCAAUCUGCAGGUUUGAAAAUCGUGAGGAAAGACAACUUCUUGGGCAAGCUGGUGUUCGAGAGGAACCACGGUCCCCGUUCAGUGAACGUUUCAAAAGAACUAGGUAUGAAGAUCCAGAGAAAGCACCGUUUCCAGAAAGUCCAGGAUCAAGAUUUGGAGGCAUUGAAGCAAAGCAGAGGAUAAGUGCACUGAUGGAGGAGAGAUCUCUAUUUGAUGGCUCGCCUAGACAGGCUGCUGCAAGGGUUGGGGUAGAUGGACAAGGAAGCCCUUUUGGUGAUGCUCCUGCUGCUGGGUCAAGCUCCAGAAUCGAUGGGCCACCUGGACAGGCUGCUAUGAGAUUUGAGGGGCCUUUGGUGGGAGCAAGUGCAUCUCAGUUUGAUGGACCGCUGGCAGGAGCAGGGGGAGCUGGAGCCCUAAGAUUUGAUGGGCCACCAGGGCAGCUGGCAGGGGCCCUGAGGUUUGAAGGACCCCCAGGGCAGGGUGGUGGAGGAGGUCCACUGAGGUUUGAAGGCCCUCUUGGGCAGAUAGGUGGGCCGUUGCGCUUCGAGGGGCCUGCAGGUGGUCCUAGAUUUGAAGGACCCGGAGUUGGCCUCAGGUUUGAGGGUCCCCGUGGUCAGCCUUCAGGUGGUCUCAGGUUUGAGGGACCUCAUGGUCAACCUAUGGGGCCUCGAGGUCAACCAGGGGGUGGUCUCAGGUUUGAGGGACCCCAUGGUCAGCCCUUGGGGCCUCAUGGUCAACCAGGGGGUGGCCUCAGGUUUGAGGGGCCACAUUUACAGCCAUUGGGGCCCCAUGGUCAACCUGGAGGUGGCCUCAGAUUUGAGGGGCCCAUGGGGCCCCAUGGACCAUCAGGUGGUGGGCUCAGAUUUGAGGGGCCACAUGGACCAUCAGGUGGUGGGCUCAGAUUGGAAGGACCAGGUGUAGGUCCUCGGUUGAUUGAUGGACCAAUACACCAGGGAGCUGGUGGACUUAGAUUUGAUGGUCCUUUGGGUCGGGCCGGCCCAAGGUUUGAUGGUUGUCACGCAGCUGGAUUUGAUGGUCAGCCUGGACAACUGUCUCUGUUACAAAGAUUUGAUGGAAUCCAUGGAACACCUGGUCCAAGAUUCGAAAGGGCUCCUGGCCAACAGGCACAACCACGUUUUGAUACAGCCAUACCUCAAAGAUUUGAUGGACCUCACCAGCCAGCCUCUAGGUUUGACUUGCCACUUGGCCUUCAAGGUGCACGCUUCGAAAAUGUAGCUAACCAUCCUGCCUCAAGACUAGAACUGUCACCAUAUGGACAAGGUGGUCCAUUUGUUGACCAUCCCGGCCAGGGCUACAAUGGACCAUCUCAUGGGAUGCAGUUCCAGAGAGCUGAUCUGUUUGAUGGUUCGCCUGGACCAAAUUUCAAUGGGCCAGCUGGGCCUGGAGCACAGAACUUCCCACUGCGAGCAGCUGGGCAUUACUUUGAAGAAAAAGGGCUUCAAGGUCCUCAGUAUGGAAACUUCAAUAACAUGCCAAUGGGAAGUAGCCAGGUAUCUCUCCUGUCUGCUCAAGGAGGGCCUUAUGGCCAAGGUCAACAGUAUUUGCCAAAUCCUGGAAGUUUUGUUCAGAACCCUGCAGGAGCCGUUCCACAUUCAUACCCUGAUAACCACCUUGGGCAGGUUGAUGUCAAUGAGUUGUUUGCUAAACUGCUGAAAACAGGGAUCCUCAAACUGUCAAAAACUGAUUCCACUUCAGCACAAGUGAAUGAAGCAUCAGCCCAGCCAGCUGCUGAAGAGGAAGAUGAUGACCAGAAUGAAGAUCAGAAUGUCCCAGAUCUCACUAACUUCACUGUUGAAGAAUUAAGACAGCGAUAUGAUAGUGUUAUAAAUCGUCUGUACACUGGAAUUCAGUGUUACUCGUGUGGAAUGAGAUUCACCACUUCCCAGACAGAUGUUUAUGCAGAUCAUUUGGAUUGGCAUUAUCGUCAGAACCGGACAGAGAAAGAUGUUAGCAGAAAAAUUACACACAGGAGAUGGUACUACAGUUUAACAGACUGGAUUGAAUUUGAGGAAAUAGCUGACCUCGAGGAGCGUGCAAAGAGCCAGUUCUUUGAAAAAGCUCAUGAAGAGGUUGUGUUGAAGACACAAGAAGCUGCAAAAGAAAAGGAGUUUCAGAGUGUCCCUGCAGGACCUGCUGGAGCGGUUGAGAGCUGUGAAAUUUGCCAAGAGCAAUUUGAACAGUACUGGGAUGAGGAAGAGGAAGAGUGGCACCUGAAGAAUGCUAUCAGAGUAGACGAGAAGAUUUACCAUCCAUCUUGCUACGAAGAUUACCAAAACACAUCAUCAUUCGAUUGCACGCCAUCUCCCAGCAAAACUCCCGUAGAAAACCCACUAAAUAUAAUGUUGGACAUUGUUAAGCAAGAAACAGAAGAGUCCUGUGAGUCACCUAAAGUGAAAGAAGAACCUGAUGACACCCCUCCUGCCUGUGCAGAAGAGAGCACACCUGCAUCUACAGAAAUAAAGACAGAACCUGAUGAGUCUGUUUAAACUAACCGAGGUAUGAACAUUCUAUUUGUUUUUUUACAGAAGAGCUGCUGUGUUAUCCCUGGAAGGCAAAUACUUUUUAUAUGAAAUAAAAAUGUUCAACUGAGGCAGGGCCUCAACUACUGUUUGGUUAAUAAAUACAUUUUUGUAUUUGAAUUUCUUAACUUGCCUGCACAGUUUCAGGUGUCAUUGUGUGAAAGUUCUGUAGAUGCGUGAAAAUUUAAACGGAACGAAACGGUCUAUGUAAAAAAUGUACAAUUUUCACUUGUGGAAAUGUAAAUUAUAAAUAAAAGCUAUUUUUGCUAUAUAUGGGAGUGUAACGUUUAUGCACACC